UGCACCACAACGGGUAUAUACCAUCGCCACUAUUAUACACUCGUAUAAUACAGUAUAAUACAUCAUAUAUUAUUAUUAUUAUUAUUAUACUCAUUCCUGUUCAGCAGUUCCAGUGCCACUCGGCAGUCAUAUACGUACGCCACACUCCAGCGCACCACGCACGUAACCGUCUCUUUAGACCUCGAUACGACCGUACCGGACCAUGAUGAUGGUCAUCGCUGCGAGUCUGUCGCACCGCAGUUGUUGUGUACACACAUCGUCGCUGUAGUUUUUAUUACUCGGUAAUCAGCCAGUGUACCUAUAUGGUUUACCUUGGUCCUACCGUCGCCCGAUCAUCGUAAUACGCCGACAAUAACAAUAACAGCAAAAACAAUAUUGCGCCUACCGUUUGCGUGUCCGUUGUAAAAAUCGCGCGUUUUACUCGCGGUCUGUGUUAUUGUCUCGAAGUGAUCGCCACGAUAAUAUAUCGUUUAAUAUCAUAACGACAAGCCAUCGUCGCGAUUUUCUCGUUUCGAAAAGUGUAUCGCGCCCGCCAAAUCCGCCGGCUACAUAUUAUAAACACAUAAUAGUAAGUACGCGUCGUACAUCGCAACAUCGGAAAUAUGUGAUUUCGUGGUGUACCUAAUAUACUAUGCCAAUCCGUCGUCCUUAUUUCGUCGACCUCCGGAUUUCUGACGCCGACGACGCUGCCGCCGCCGAACCGACGUGUGUGCACCACGCAUUUGGAUUUUUCUCCAACAGGUAGAUAAUGCCAAAAUCUUGGAAUGGUGGAUCUGAACCCGGUUAAGGAACCGAUGCUAGACGAUGGCCGAACGGCCCUGCAUUACGCCGCGUCGACAGGCGACAGUGGCUCGAUCGCCGAACUGUUGGCCACUGGAUCUGUGGAUGCCAACGCCCAGGACGCGGUUGGUUAUUCGGCCGUACAAAUCGCGGCGGCUGAAGGCCACCUGGAUGUGCUCCGACUACUGUUGCGACACGACGCCAACGUCAACCUGCACGACAACCUGCAUGGUAAUACGGCCCUACACGAGGCUAGCUGGAAAGGUUAUAGCAAAACAGUGUCGUUGCUCGCAUCUUCCGGCAGCGACUUGGACCGUAAAAAUUAUGGAGGAUCGUCUGCAUUGCAUUUGUGUUGCCAAAACGGACACAACCAAAGCUGCCGGGAACUCCUACUCGCCGGCUGUGAUCCGGAUGUCCAAAAUAACUAUGGUGAUACGCCGCUUCACACAAGCGCCAGGUAUGGACAUGCCGGAGUACUGAGAAUAUUAAUAAGUGCUCAAUGUAAAGUUUCUGAACAAAAUAAAAAUGGUGAUACGGUAUUGCACAUUGCCGCAGCUAUGGCCAGAAAGAAAUUAACUAAAAUAAUUUUGCAAGCUAAGUGUAAUACUGCAUUAAAAAAUAAGCAAAAUGAAACUGCCAGAGAUAUAGCAGAACGUAAAAAUUUGACUGAUAUUUUAGACAUUUUAAAGAAUCCCACUUAUAAAAAGAAAGGUAGCAGUUCAAAAACGAAAAAUGAUUCAAAGGACAGUAAAAAACGAACCGAUACGAGUAUUAAAAAACAAUGGUCACCUUACGGUUGCCAUUAUUUUCCGGAUACUAAGGAAUUUCCGAAACCAAAGUUGAACUCUUUGCCUGAAGAACCAUUACAUGCAGGUGAACAAUAUUAUCUAGACUUGGCUGGAAAUAUAAGAAAAGGACCAGUAGGAGUAGGGUACACAUGUUAUUGUGCGCCAUUUUUCAAAGAAUUAGAAGCUCGGUUAGACCAUAAUACGAAAAAAUUGAAACGGCAGAUUUGUCGUACCGAGGAUAAUAUUAAUAGGAGAUUGUGUUCCGUUGAGAAACAGCUGAAGCGAUCAAAUGAAAAACUUCAACAGGUGUCUGAAGAAGUGAGCGACAACGAUAGUGAGUUGGAGAACCGGUUUCGAACAGAAUGUGCUAUUGAUACCACGGUCAUGGACCCAAACUUACGAUGGCGAUUGGACUAUCUGACAGCUCGACGUCACGAUGAUAUACCAUGCAAUGAUUCUGGAUAUAGCACCAAAAUGUUUAGUAACUCCCAAGGCCCAUCACCUUCAUUAUCUAAUUUAAUGGAGAAUGGUGCAUUACCUGUCAUAGAAAACAGUAAAAUGCCAAAAUCUUUAAGUGUAUUACCUGACAAUAACAACAUGGAAAGUAUUGUAUGAUCAAAACGUGCCAAAGCUAUCUAAAAACUUUUAUAUUUCAAUAAAACAAUUAACUAUAAGAAUUAUAAUUUAUCAUAAGUUUUUUUAUAUUUUUGUAUCUUAAAUAGUUAUUCAG